AGACGAAAACAGGAAGCGUUUUUCUCUUUGUUGCGAAAGUAGAUGUUGCACUGUUGAAUGGUGCAGAAUGUGACAGUUAUGUGUUCUCAACAUUAAUUGUACUCGACUCUUAUUUAGUUCACGUUUGGCUGGCGUGUUAUGACUUAGAAACCUCACCGUUUGCUUGGAGAACAUCUUUUACAUCCUGAUAGAGGUCAGCAUGGGGUCUGCAGUGGAGAGAACGGAUGAACAUGUGAGGGAGUAUCUGAUCUACCGGGGCUUCACCAACACGCUGAAACAUCUGGACAGCGAGAUGAAAGCCGACAAGGAGAAAGGCUUCAGGGUGGACAAGAUCAUCGAUCAGCUGCUCCAGUUCAUCCAGAGCUUUGACCUGACGGGUCUGAAGGACUACUGGCUGUACUUGGACAGACGUCUUUUCUGCAGACUGGAGGACGUGUAUCGAUCCACCGUGAACAAACUGAGAGCCAGCCUGUAUCGAUACUAUGUGGUCAACACCAUCCAGAAAGCAAACUUAGAGAAGACGCAGGAGUUUUUCCAGAAGCAGUCUUUGGAGCUGCAGGGUCAGCCAGAGUGGCGUGAUUGGUUUAUCCUGCCAUUCAUCCCUGCACCCGAACACAACCCGGCCUUCGCUCCGUAUUUCUCUCGGCAGUGGUCGGAGACCUUCUUGGUUUCAUUGCACAACUUCCUGUCCGUGCUCUUCCAGUCCAUGCCUCAGCCAGUGCUGCUGAGUUUUGAUGCUGAAGUUCAGAAGACAACGACUGUACUGGAGGAGAAUGAGCAGCUGCGUCAACUGCUGUUCGCCCUGCAAACAGAAAGCCGAGAGCAGAAGGACACAGACGAGGCGGUGCAUCUCAAGCUGCCGGCAUAUGUCCAGAAUAUGGACCGACUGGGAGACACUGAGCUGGACUUGGUGACAAGGCAGCGGCCUGUCAGUGCUGCCAGCACGCCAUCCAGGAACUUCUUCUCCACGUUGCUACCACAAGGCCGGCGCACUCCUGCAGCGAAAGCGAAGCCACUGACCUCGGCGUCUUCUCCCAGCCAGACGGCAGUCGGCAGAAAGGAGCCCGCGAGCAGUCAGUCUUCCAAGUCGAAAGAUGGCGUCCACGCGAAAGCCGCCCCGGGCGGUGAAAUGUCAAACCUGCAGCAGACCAGCCAACCUUCUCAUUCACGCCAUAAGAGAAUCCAAGCUCAUGAAAAAGACAGGAAGGAGCUUUUCUCCAAGCCGUCGCCAACGCUCCAAGAGAAGAAGGGGGAGGCAGGAGAUCUGGAGCCUUCUAACGAGAUCUCUGGUGAAGCUCCCGACUCCUUGAGCGGCAGGAGUGGAGGAGGGCUGUCGUCAGAACAGCCUUUCAUCAAACUCAGUCAGGAGGAAUAUGGAGAACAUCAUUCCUCCAUCAUGCAUUGCAGGGUGGAUUGUUCUGGUCGCCGGGUUGCCAGUUUAGAUGUAGACGGCGUCAUUAAGGUGUGGUCCUUCAAUCCCAUCAUGCAAACCAACGCCACCAUCAUGUCCAAGUCACCUCUGCUGUCCCUGGAGUGGGCCACCAAGCCAGACAGACUGUUGUUACUGGGCAGCGGCGUUGGCACAGUGCGGCUGUACGACACAGAUGCCAAGAAGAACCUCUAUGAGAUGAGCAUUGAUGAAAGUCAUCCACGUAUCUUGUCCUUAGCUUGCAGUCCCAGCGGAUCAUCCUUUGUGUGUUCAGCUGCAGCUCUCAACGGAAUUGGACUCAUUGAGCCUGCUGUCCGUCUUCCCGUACCGGUGUCUGGACAGCUCCUGCUGUGGGACACCAAGACAGUCAAACAGCAGCUCCAGUUCACUUUGGAACCGGAACCAGUAGCCAUUAACUGCACCGCCUUCAACCACAAUGGAAACCUGUUGGUGACGGGAGCUGCCGAUGGAGUCAUUCGACUCUUUGACAUGCAGCAGUAUGAGAGCGCUAUGAGUUGGAAAGCUCACGAUGGAGAAGUUCACAGUGUGGAGUUCAGCUGCGAUGAAAACACCGUCUUUAGCAUCGGAGAAGAUGGCAAGUUCGUGCAGUGGAACAUCCAUCGCUGCGGAGUCAAACAGGCGGAGCAGAUCUUGCCUCAGGAUGCCACCGGACCUUUUGUCCUGUCGGGCUACAGCGGCUAUAAACAAGUUCAGGUCCCCCGGGGUCGUCUCUUCGCCUUUGACUCCGAAGGACAACACGUCCUCACCUGUUCCAACUCUGGAGGACUCAUUUACAACCUGACCAAUAGCGAGCCAGCUCUGAAGAGCGCACUGUCGCUGGGCGGACACAAAGCACCAGUGGUGACCGUCGAUUGGUGCUCGGCAUUGGACUGUGGCACUUGCCUCACCGCCUCCAUGGACGGAAAGAUCAAACUGAGCACCAUCCUGGCACAGAAGUCCUGAGAUCAUCUUCAAGAUACAUGAUGUCAUAUCAGCACAAAAAUAUUAAAGGCCCAAUGCAGCUUCAA